AGAGCGCCACCUCGUGAUAAAUUCUUUACAACGUUUCGUAAAGUGGGUGGACUCAAAUUUGAUGAUUCAUGAGCACUUGGCUAGCCAAGAGAAGGAAGUUCCACUUCACUUUGGUUGCCAUCGAUCAAACAUCCACUCCGUGACGACCGACCGACUCUUCCUGACUCGUGCACAGCUCGGCUGGCUCACAUGCUCAGUCGCUCCAGUGCCCCUCCUGUCAGCCGGUCCCAUCUGUCAACAAGGCGUUGAAUAUUACAGCAAUCUGUGGGAUAUUGAGGCGAUAUAUAUUAUGCAGUACAAGCUUUAUUGAUGGAGGUUUAAUAACGUGCAGGUACACAACCAACUCCAUCAGAUCACUUUGCAGUGACUCAAGGCAACACACAUCAAACAACCAUUCCAACUUUAGUACUACUCUUUCCUAGACCAAAGCCCAAUAAUCAUCCGUUACCAUGACGAUCCUUUACAGCUGCAUCGCUAGAGGGACCACCAUCUUGGUGGAGGUGUCUAAGAGCUAUGAGCAUAACUUCCAACAAGUGGUUGGUUCCAUGAUGCAGAACCUAGCAUCUCAUGAUAACUACAAGUCUGUCUAUACAUCAUCUGACUAUUUAUUCCAUGUCGUGAUCAAGGACCGCAUCUGUUAUAUGUGUGCCACGACGGUUGACUUCAGGAAGCAGACAGCGUAUUCCUUCAUCAUGGAGAUCAUGACCAAGGUGGCUAACUGCAGUCUGGCUCAGAGGGUCCACCAUGCAGGAGAGAUGGAGCUGGAUAGAGAUUUCAGCUCGGUCCUAGGCCAGGAAAUGGACCACUUUUCUAACUUGAAAGGAGGUGGAAAUGACAAGAUAGCUGUUCUGCAGGAUCAAGUGGACGAAGUGAAGGACAUCAUGACGCAAAACAUUGACAAGGUCCUAAGCAGAGGAGAGAAACUUGAUGAUCUUCUCGUCAAAACAGAAGACCUGGAAGCAAGCGCGAGGACGUUUCAGAAGACGGCUGCGAAAGUUAGCAACAAGUUUUGGUGGCAGAACACAAGAAUGAAGAUCCUACUCUUGGUCGUCGUCUUCGUCAUAAUCCUGGUCGUAGUCCUGAUCGGUCUGCACCUCGGCGGAGUAAUCUAGGGACUUGCUUACCCACCUGAAAUCUCUCUCCUAGGACUUUGUGAUGAUGUAGAGACUGAUGGAGAUAAUACCAAAAAUGUUAGAGUGACUAUUUAUAUAGGAUGCCAUCGAUUUUGGGACGUGUACCCCCGAUUGUCAACUCGCGUUCAAGUAACAGCUAAAGGCCAAUGAUUCCCUGUCCAAUCACCCCCCCUUUCCUCCUUUCCCCCUCCUUCAUAUCUAGUUAAAUGUGGGUACAAUUUUGGUAUAAAGUAAACAUUCCAGAGAUUUAAAAACGAGUUUGGCUCUUAUCGUUGCUCUAAGACGUCGCUCUUGUAUGACCUGCACUCUUGCUUGUUCUGCCUAGAAGUCUACAUUAUGGGUGGUCUCACAUGGUACUUGGUACUGUGUAUGAACAAAAAUAAAUACAUUCUGGUAAAGAGCCUGAUGACCAAGCUCAGUUUGAUGGAAGUUUCUAAAAGACUGACCCAAGUUCUUCUUCUGGAGCCACUACACAAUCCCGGUCCAGUGCAGGACGCAGGAUCUAGCCCUGGCAUUGAUCCCUCUAGGUCUUUGAGAGUACAGGCCCCAGGUAGGAGGGGUCACAUAUGUUUUAUCAGCUGUUCCUCCCCACCGUUGGUGGAGUCUUGGGUUAAAUCCACCAUGUAACUUGGUUGUAGAGACUGUCAAAGACAGUUCCUUAUUCAAAGGGGUUUUGAAAUCCAAGUAGAUCGUUUUGAAGGGUUUGAUGGCAUUCUACAGUGUACAUGUAUGUGUACUGGAUCUUCUCCCCUGUAAAGUACAUGUACAAUGUACUAGCAAGCUGCAUAUCACAAUUUACAAGACCUCUCGAACAAUGUUUAUAUGUGCAAAGAUACUGUAGGAUAUAUCCAAGCAAUCAGAUAAGGAUCAAUAGGGCUACUCCUGGCAUCAUAAAACAGUUUAUUUUAGGAAUUUAUUACAGAUGGGUACCUUAAAAAGGACUCUCUGACAGAUUGUAAUACAUAGAAGAGCUACAUGUACAUAUGCAUGUCAUAUCUUCAUCAAUCAUUCAUGAUAUGUGAAUAUAUAGAUGCAGAUUAUAAUGAGUUAAACAGAGGUCUAUGCUGAAUGUAAACAAGAAAAGAACAGCUGUACUUAUUUGAGACUACAAUUACAUUAUAUGUCAUUACACUCUGAACUCUGUCUAGAGGUCAAGAAAGAAAUAAUUUCUCACAGACAUUCUAAGGCUCUAGAGGAUAAAGAUAUUAGUUGAAGGAUGUCAAUUUCUAUGAUGUCUGAGGAGUGAUUAAAUCACACAUUAAUUGAUGGGAAUGAGUGCCUGCCUGUAUGUAGUUUAUACAUAUGUGUCUGUUUUUAGUGAUAUACACUAUACUUAUUUACUGUUGCAUGGGAAGUUGCAUAAUGCUGACAGAAAAACAACAUUAUCCUGCAGUUUGAGGAGGGUACAGACAAUUUAAAUCAAUGUACAAUCGGGAAACAGUUGUUUUUUCAACUAUUUUUUUUGUUUUCAACAAUUUUGUUUAAAAGUAUCCACUAUCGUAUGAGCUCAAGAAUCAGAGAAAUCAGAUAACUUUGUUUUUUGUGUUGCCAUAUCUGUUUUGUAUCAAUCAGAUUUGCACAUCAUAUGGAUGUUCUAGAGAUUUAUUUAGUGCUGUAGAAGUUAGUUAGAUGAUGACUUUUGUAUGGAUAAAAUCCAGUUCAUGUUGCUAAAUAGUAUACCGGUAGCUUUAAAAUAUAAACCUGGGGCCCAUUUCACAAAGCUUUUUUUUAAUGACAAAUGACAAAAAUCAGUGACAAAUCUGCUGAUAACUAAUCAGAAGCAAGGAUUCCAGUGGCUUAUACAAAAACUGUCAUUUUUCACUGAUGACAAGCUUCGUGAAACGCCCCUCAGAUGGCUCUACUGCUGAAUAUGGUCAGUUUUCAGGGUAGCUUGCCAUGGCCCGUCAGAGGAGCAUAAAAACAACAAAGUUCAUGAUAGCAAAAAGGGCAUUCCUAAAGUGGCUCUAAGCGUUUUCAUUGUUUAGAAGUGCAU